AUGGAGGGACCGGCCCCCGAACAAGACGACUUACUCAACCUCGGCCUCAACUGUCACUUCAUGACUAAACCCAGGAAACAUGAAAAACGUAUGGAGAUAGAAUUGCUCCUCGACUCCAUACAACAGUUAGAAGCCAAGAAGAUCCUUAAGACCAGCGACGCCCUUCAACCUCUCCUACUCGCAGAAGCCCUGACGGACAGAGGGAACUAUACCAGCGGGAUAUUUACCAAAGAGCUGAAGGACGCAGCAGCGGAUCUUAAGAAAAAUGAGGAGAUAACAAUAUGUCGGGCAGAUAAAACGGCCGCCUUUGUACUUAUCAAGACUGAGGAAUAUUUCGAGAAGCUAGACGAUAUCUUAGCAGAUACCUCUAAAUUCGAGAGAUUGACGAGAAACCCCACCGAAGACAUCAAACGGGAUGCUAACCGCAUCAUCACUGCAGUAAACGCCGCAACGAAUGCAUGCCACCUCCCGCCCAUCCAAGGAGAUUACAACUUGGGGUACCUUUACUUCCUCGACGGAGUUCCUGGAGAAAAUCCGGGGGAUUCCCCUGGCGACGGCACUAUGGCGUCCCUCGUCGUGGAGUCCCUGUUUACCAACGUCCCCGUCGAUGAAACAGUAGGCAUCAUUUUGGAAAAGGUCUACAGGAGCCCUGACAAGCAACCUCCGAACAUCCCGGAAGAAUCGCUUAAGACACUCCUAGACAUCUGUACGAAGAGAGCCUCCUUCACCACCCACAGAGGACAGAUGUUUCGUCAGAAAGCCGGCGUUGCAAUGGGGUCCCCCUUGGGCGUCCUCUUUGCCAACUUUUACAUGGGUACCGUUGAAGAGCGGGUUUUUUUGCAGCACCGAUGUCCCCAGACGUAUGCCAGAUACAUCGAUGACAUAUUUGUUCAAGCUGACUCCGAGGAAGAGGUUGAAGCCCUUCGCCAGCAGUUCCUGCGCAACAGUGCCCUUAAUUUCACAAUUGAAUUUAGCAGCGAAGAUCGGCUCCCCUUCCUCGACGUCCUAAUUACGAAGACUACCCCGAAGAUGACCACCACUGUCUAUACCAAAUCUACUAACUUGGGACUUUGCUUAAAUGGAAAGAGUGAGUGUCCUGCGAGGUUCAAGACCACCACCGUCAGGGCCUUCGUGAGGAGGGCCUUAACGCACUGUUCAGCGUGGCAGGACACUCACUCAGAACUGGACUGA